CAUGACGUCAGACCGUCACGUGACAUCGGCGAAUUCAGGUAGAAUGGCAAACGCCGCGGAAGCGUCAAAACGUUCCGCGUGGCUUUCUACCCUUUUAGCAAAAGCAUCGUUAAAAUCUUCAGUUGAUAAAUCAUCACCUUCACCGCCUUCAAAAACUGUUAAUAUCUAUCGGCAACCUGCAACUGCACGUCGGAAAUCUUACAGCCAGCAACAUUCAAAUUCUGAACCGAACUCAUUUGACGUUCCUCCAAGACCAGCUCUCCGCCCUCCAAGGUUACGAGUAAGAUCGAGCACUGUUUGCACGGAUCAUAUUCGCAGUGAUGAGUCGGACGAUUCUACUGAAGAUGACCGAGAAAAGAAUAAGUGUAGUGAACAAACUAACGAAAAGGAUCCAAUUAUUAAAGAUAGAACGUUCGAAAUAUCAGAAACUCAUUUAAAACUCACGGUAAAUUUACAGCAAAGCGUCGAAAAUGUCCGAGUACGCGUAUUAAGCGGUGGCGACAAACUGAUCAUUGUUUACAAACACUCGGACGAGGAAUGCCACUUAAAUAUCAGAUUACCGCUCUCUGUUAAUCCAUUUGCAGUACGAGCAGUUGCUAGUGCUGAGAAAAUAGUGGUUGAGGCACCAUUACGGAAUAAGAUUCAAUAG